AUAUCCCCGGAAAUGCUGUCACAAAAAUGGAAACAAAACGCCAUCAGUAAUAAUCAGGAUAUACAAUCAGCAGCCAACUGCCGCAAAUCUUGUUUCCUUCUACUUGGUCUUUUGCAUACGUGUCAAUCUUUCUUUGCCGGCCGAGGGUUUGUACAUUUCAGAAUCCCAUAAAGAUUCACGGCAUGUAUAUUCUCAUGCUGUCAUGGUUCAUUUCUUCGAGAGUUCAGGAUCUGAUUUCAGUUGGGCUUUCUGGAUUCUAUCGAAUUACUUGUAUUUAAGGAAAAUGAAUUCAGAUUGCAGUAAGGGGAAUUUCGGGUUUUGUGUUGAAGGAAAAAUGUCUGGUAAAGGACAGAAGUUUGUUUGCAAUAAACUGUCCUAACAGAGUUUGGGAUCUGAAUUGUGGCAUUCGGCAGUUGAGUUCUGUCGGACGAUUUGAAUUUAGGACGAAGGAAGUAGGGUGUGGUAAAUUUUUUUGGAUUUAGGGGCUUUGUGUUGGAGAAAACAUGUCUGGUGGAGGACAGAAAUCUGUUGACAAUAAAAUGUCCAUUUCUAAUUCAAUGCCACCGUUGAUUGACUUUGGAGAAGAUAACGAAAUUUGGGGAUUUGAAUCUUCAACAACAGAGCAGGUUUCAGCUGUACCUAGUAUAUUAUUACAAUCUAGAACAGAGAGGGAAAGCUCUAAGGAUAUAAUGGAUUACAAUGCAUCCAUUUCAAAGAACGGAGCACAACAAUUACCGUGUGUACGGAAAUCGGAAAACUUUUCAUAUGAUCUUUUUUCUAAUCAAACACCACGUAUUGAUAACUCAUCAGGUUUUUCUUUAUACAGUGAUGUAUCAUCAUCAUCACCAUCUCAGAGCACGUUGGAUCUUUUGUCAAGUCGAACACAUUCUAUACAUAAACCAACAAGUAUUUAUUCAUAUGAUGCUGUAUCAUCAUUGCCUCAGAGACCACUGGAUCUUCUGUCCGAUGUUUGUAUCUCUACAGCAUUGUUGGCUUCAAAGCCAGAGUCAUCUGUUUCAAUGCCUGAAUUUGGUAUUGAUGAUGCUUCAAAGCCUGAGACAUCUGCUGAGUUUGGUAUCGAUGAUGCCAGUCUGCAUCAAGAUGAUCUAUUUGGCACAUGUUCUUCUGAUAGCUUAAACUCUGAAUAUACUAAUCCUUUUGGAAGUCCGCCCAGUGCUCGGUCCCCUGUUAAUGAUCUAUUCAAAAUUUCAUCAGAAUCUCAGUUGGGGUUUGCCGAUCUUGAUCAAUCAUGGUCUAGGAUAGAUAAAAUGCCAAUAUCUCAAGGAGGUCAUUCUGGUUUUGGUUCUUGGGAAGAUAGUUCUCAGUCUUUUGUUGAUGAUCCUUUCAAAUCUUCAUCAGAAUUUCAGCUGGGAUCCACGGAUGCAUUUCUCAAUCAAUCAUGGCCUGGAAUAGAAAAUGUGUCAAUAGCCCAAGGAAAUCAUUCUGAUUUAGGUUCUUCAGAAGAGAAUUUCGGAAAUGUGGUGUCUUCAGCAGGUCAUCAAGGAAAAAGGAGCCUAGAGCAUCUAGAUUAUAGCGCAAAUCAACAAACUGGAUCAACACUAGGGUACAAAGUUUUGCCAGGCACUGAUAAUUUGAAACCAAACAGUAUGCAACAAACAACUGAAUGCUUGAUUGAAGCAACUGAGGUUUAUCCUCACGGACAAAAAGUUAGUAAUUUAGAUUUGGAAUAUAGCAAAAUGCCAAAGCUUGUUGGUGACAUUCAUCAGGAAACAAGAAAAACUGAGGAGUCUGGUGCAGUGAGUGCCCCUAUUCUUAAGGAGUUUGUGGCAUCUGGAGGAGGGAAGGGAAUAUUCAGAGUUCCUACUCGAGAAGCGAUUCGUUCAGGAAGGCCAGCAUUUUUAGAGCUAAGGCCACAUCCUUUGAGAGAGACUCAAGAUCGCCAGACCAUUUGCACAAUAAUCUGCACAGGGAAUCGGCUGUGGGCUGGUCUAGAAUCUGGAAUCAGGUUUUGGGACAUUGACAAAGCUUAUGGAACUGGGAGAGAAAGUAACCCAGUUCUUGGAGAUGAAGACACAGCUCCUUUUGUUUCUUUGCCUUUGCACGACACUCCUACAACUUGCCUUGUUGCUGAUGCUGCAAGAAACAUAGUUUGGAGUGGCCACCGGGAUGGAAAGAUUAGAGGUUGGCCAAUUGACAUGAGUAGUGAUGCAGUUUCCUCAAAGCUUACUUGGAGGGCACAUCUGGGUCCAGUUUUGUCAAUCGCUGUCACGUCUUAUGGUGAGCUAUGGACAGGGUCAGAAGCUGGCAGUAUUAGAGUGUGGCCCUGGGAGGAUCUCAAAGUGGCUAUUUUCAGUAACUUGGAAAAGCACCAUAAUACAUUUAACUGUAUGGAAGGGUACUGUAUUGACCUGAGAAGUCAACUUACUGCUAUUGGUGCUUCUAUUCUAAGUACUGAUAUAAGGUUUUUGAUAUACGAUCAUUCAGCUGACAGAAUUUGGAGUGCAGGACUGUCCUCUGUGGUGCUCUGGGAUGCCCGAGCAAGGGAUGUUCUAAAGGUAUUUGGAUCAGAUGCACAACCAGAAUUCUUAAAUUCAGAUCUCUUGCCAGGUCAAGGUGUUUCAUUGGAUAGUGAGAUGAAGAUGAAUUUUAGUAAGGUUUCCAGAAAAGAAAAGAUUCAAGGAAGCUUGACUUUUUUGCAACGUUCAAAGAAUGCACUUCUAGGUGCUGCAGAUGCAGUUCGGGCCUCAUUAGGUGGCCCAUUUUUGGAUGAUAAUAGAAAAAUUCAGGCUAUGGUGGCAUCUGUGGAUGGAACUGUUUGGACUGGCUAUGCUAAUGGGUCGCUUGUUCAUUGGGAUCACCAGGGCAAUCAACUUCAAGAAUCUCCGAAUACUUAUGUAGGCAUCCAUUGUUUGUGUGCUUUGAGGACAGGAUUGUGGAUUGGAUAUGCAGAUGGAAGGGUACAGAUUAUUGAACGAAGUGGAAAGGUGUUGAAAGGAUGGUUGGCACAUAGUUCACCUGUUCAUCAAAUGGCUGUAGGUAGUGACCAUGUUUUUACUCUGGCUGCCCAUGGUGGCAUUCGUGGAUGGAAUGUGGCAAUAUUGAGUCCCUUUGAAGGCGUCCUAAGAUCUAAACUGAUUGAUAUGGAACCAGCUUACACAAGGAAAGAACAUAUAAAGAUAUUGGCUGGCACUUGGAAUGUGAGUCAAGGAAGAGCUUCUUUUGACUCGCUUAGGUGUUGGCUGGCAUCUCCAGCCUCAGAAGCCAACAUAGUGGUUAUUGGGUUGCAAGAAAUAGAAAUGGGUGCAGGUGUUCUUGCCAUUGCAGCUGCAAAAGAAACAGUUGGGAUUGAAGGAAGUGCGAAUGGGCAAUGGUGGUUGGAUAGUAUUGGUGAUGCCAUAGAUGAGAAUUUGUUUCUUAGAGUGGGCUCUCGCCAGCUUGCUGGUUUGCUUAUUGGUGCAUGGGUUAGAAAAGACCUUUCACCAUAUGUUGGGGAUGUUGAUGUUGGAGCCGUUGCUUGUGGUUUUGGACGUGCACUUGGAAAUAAGGGAGCUGUAGCAAUAAAGAUGAGAGUCUUUCGCAGGACAAUGUGUAUUGUAAACAGUCACUUUGCUGCUCACAUGGAUGCCAUAGCUCGCCGAAAUGCAGAUUUUGAUUAUAUCUAUCGAAGCAUGACAUUUGGUCGUUUUCCUAGUGGAGUAAAUGUUGCAGCCAAUGCUGUUACUGCAGGAGUUUCAUCAGCAGUUCAGAUGCUUCGGGGUGUUAAUGCACGUCGAUCAUCCCAAUCUCUAGAGAUGGGUGGCCAAUUUGAGGGCAGAUUCUCAUCUUUAUCGACUGCAGAGAGUUUACCUCAGGAGGUCAUGCCAGAAUUAGCCCAAGCUGAUAUGAUUAUUUGGUUAGGAGACUUCAAUUAUCGUCUGAAUGGUGUUUCUUAUGAGGAUGCUAUUGAUCACAUCAAACAAAAAAAAUUUGCUACUCUCCUAGAAAACGACCAACUUAGAAAGGAGAUGGGAGCUGGACGAGUAUUUCAAGGCAUGCGGGAAGGGGAAAUAUAUUUUUCCCCAACAUACAAAUUUGACCGAGGGCAACAAACAUAUGAUUCCAGUGAGAAGAGAAGAGUCCCUGCUUGGUGUGAUAGAAUAUUGUUUCGUGAUGGCCAAAGUGGGACAUCAACUAAAUGCAAACUUUCGUGCCCUAUUGUAUCCUCUAUUGAAUGGUACAAUGCAAGUAUGGACAUUACAGAUAGUGAUCAUAAGCCUGUAAUGUGCAUGUUCAAUAUAGAUAUUGCCUUUAUAGAUGAAGCAACUCGUAGAGAAAAAUAUGGCUAUUUGGUUUGUACGAGCAAAACAGAAUUAUAAGAUCAUUGUCUGUCCUUUCUAUGAAAAAUAAGUAUAUGCAGAGAGAGGCUUGGGAGAAUUAUGAUUUUUCUGAGUCAAAGCCUCAAGAAACGGUGGCUUGAUUUUCCUUGCUGUGUACAGGUUAUUGCAGUUUCUGCUAUUAUUUGGCCAAGUGAGAUUUUCAUGUUUGAUGCGGAGUGUUGAUUUUGGCAUGGAGAGGUGAAUUAAGGAUGGCUUUUGAAAGACUGUGGUAUGAAUUUAAGAAAUAAUGGUAAUUCUUCCAUUUGCUAAGGGCAUGUAAUACUGCCAAGCAGCAUUUGUCUUUUUAUGCACUAAAUUUUUCAAAAUUAAUUCAUGGAAUAGCUAUUGAAAGUGAAACAUUCUUAAUAGAGGAAAGGUCCAAUUCUAACCAAUUUUAGAUUUAGUACUUUCUGAGGUAUGUUCUAUUUUCGUGGAGUAUACAUGUGAUGAAGAAAUACUUUGCACAUGUUUAGAUAUGACUCCAGGACUUUUAAAACAUCAUUACAGUUUAUAAUGGGUGUUAGUUGUUCUACUAACUCACUGUUCAACUGUAUAUAGAGUAAUAUUACUCCUUUUAUCUCAAAUUCCUAUUGGGAAUUGUCAGUGGAACUUUGUGAACCAUCAGAGUUUCAAGAAAUGUUCUGUAUACAGUAUUACUAUUUUUCCUUUAAAGGGAUGUAAUCAUUAUUUUUGUUUUCUGUUU